AAAGUGGAUUGGGAUCUGAAGAGGAAUCUACAGAAAAAGUUUGAUAAACUCGAGAAUAGGACACAGAAGGCAAUCGCAGAACUGAUCCGAGACCGACUUCGAGAGUCUUCGGGAACCGAUUUAGCGGCCGCUACUCAAGACUUGGAGUCCACACAAAAGGCCGACGAUUCGGACGACGAUUAAUACCAGUCUUUUUAUAUCAAACCAUAUCUUAAAUUUAAUUUCAUUAAUAAAUCAUUUUUAAAAAUUAUUUUCAAAUAUCAA